CUCUGCACUCAUUGUAUGGAUUGAGUUCUCUCAUUUCUGCAUAUGAGUUCUUGAGUUUUUUCUUUCUUUCUUCUUUUCCCCCUCCAGCAAAAGUGUACAUUAAACGGAAUAUCCAAUUUGGUGGAUUGUGCAGGCCAGGCUGAUCGCGAAUCAGUGCACCACCAUCACUUUCAGCAUGGCGCCCAAGCCGUGCGCGACGAGCCAGGACGAUCCGCAGCGUAUCCCCCAUAUUUGCAUCCUGGCGAAUGUGAAUCACGGUGCGAGUCUGCGAGCUGUGAUUUGGCAGCCAUAUUGUAACUGCGCUGUGUGUGAAAACCACGCUGGCGAAAUCGCUGCGGGCCAGCAAUGGGUCCCUCUCCCAGCGGACGGCCGAGCCUGUGUCCGUCACGGAAGACCAGCCGAACGAGGAGCAGCGCGGCACCGCCAUGUUGGCCAGCGCCAUCACGCUCAAACACACAGUCUAUGGCGAAGGAACGUCCGGAAAAGCAAGCACCUUCCUCGUCAAGCUCAUCGACUUUCCAGGGAAGUAGUACUUGCUCUUUUUAACUUAUUUCCGCAGAUGUAAUUUGCCGAUAUUUUAAGUCAUCUUUCUUUUCAUUUUUCGGACCAACGGAAGUGCUUUAUUGAUUAAAAUUUCUUGUUUUCUGGCUUUAAAUCACAAGUAUUUUUUAUGUAUGUAUUUAUUCUUCUUACUUCUGGGUACAAUUCUUUUAUUUAUUCUUUUCUGCUGCGUGUGUUUGUCGUUAGAUUCAACUAUUUACUUCGUAAUUCCGUUUGUUCUUUAUUAUGUUUGUGACUUUCAGACUGAAGUGUUUUUUUGCUGAAUUAUUUCGUUAUUAAAUUUUAUUGAUUUCUGUCGAAAUAUGGUAAUUUUUCAUUGAAUUAUUUUUGUUAUUUCUGGCGAUAUUUGAAUUUUAUCCUUUUAAGAUUUUAAGGAUUGUUGAAUAAUAAUUCAACAAAAAAAACCGUGACAGUGAAAAGGCAAUAAAAGUAACGGAUUUAUUUUCAGUAAAAUAAAAAUCCAACAGCAGGAAAAAUUGAUAGAUAAAAAAAUCAAUGAAAUGUUGCGCAACAGGAUAAAUGGCAGUGUGGAAUAAUUUCUCUUGUACAUUUUAUUUAAUGGAAGAAUCGGAGGAUGCUUGCCUAAUUAUUUGCAUACAAUAAGCGGCACAUCGUCGCCUAAGCGCAGUGAUUUAUUGUGGUGGUGUGAAUGUAUGAGAUUAUUCGAUAGACCAUAAAAGAGCAGAUCGGUGAGGCGAAGAAGGGCCAGCCGGUCCAAGGAGGACAUUCCCCCGCCCAUCUUCGUCCAAUCCGUCCUGCAGAAGUCCCUGGCCGACAGCGAGCCCUUCCCCUCCAACCUCGCCCAGAAGGACCGCGCAUCGGCGGAGGCGGCCCCCAUGGAGGCCCCGCCCAACGUCCCCGCCGUGCCCCCGCGUUCCUCGCCGCAAACGCCGUCGGCCGCGCCCGCCGAGGAAGAGAACGUUGUCCUGCGGGCGCUCAAAUCCAACCGCGAAGAGUACCGGCACGCGGCGUUGGAGGCCAAGCGGGCGAAGAAUAAAAAAGACGCUACGCGCUUCACGAUCGUCGUCAAGCAAUUGGACGUGGUGAUUAAGGCGGUAGAAAGCGGUGUAGAGUGGGAUUUAUCGGAGAUGCCGCCGCAUCCCAGCGAGCUUCCGCCCGACUCCCCGGGCCCCACAGAAACCGCGUCGGAAACGUCUCGGGUCCCGCCCCGGGCGCCGGUCCCUGUUGCCGGUGAUGAUGGUGCAGACUGCAGACAUUCCGGAAAUUGAUCCCGCGGACGCGAAGAUGGCGUUCCACACUCCGGAUGCGCCGCAUACCGUGCUGGAAGCGCGGUUGUCUGGGAACACCGCGGAUACCCUGUACGACGCCUGGGACGCCGAGCUGGAGGCCGUCAACGACUCGGCGCUGUACUUCCAGCCGCAGAAGGGCAACGUCAUCUUCGCCAGCGCCCUGGACGGCUGGGGCUUCACCAGCGGCCGCUUCGCCGAGCUGUUCGCCAAGAAACUCGGCUUGAGUCGGCGCGUGCUGAACCUGGCGUUGUGGGGCGACUUCUGGUUGGACGAGGAGAAGCGCAUCAAGAAGAACGCGCGGGCGCGCGGCAAGGAGCCGCUCUUCGUGCAGCUGGUGCUGGACAACCUCUGGCAGAUGUACGACGCCGUCGGCGUGCGAAAGGAUAAAGCGCUGGUGGAGAAGAUGACCGGCGCGCCGUACGAUGCGGUCGGGGUCAUGACGGGCCAGUCUAGGCUGAAGGAACGACCGGCGGCGUUGGGCUUGACGAUCGAUCCGCGCGAUCUCCGUCUUCCUCCCAAGACGCUCAUCUUUGCGAUCUGCUCGCAGUGGCUGCCGCUUGGCACGGCUGUCCUGUGGGCGGUUUACCAACAGCUGCAAAGUCCGGCGAUACUGCUGAUCCGUCCCACUCAAGACAUGAAAAUGGUCUCUGUGCCGACGGACGGGACACCGCUGUCGGCCAUCGCAGAGGGAUCUUCUGCGUCAGCGCCUGCCUCGCCUCAGAGUCAGGCCAUGGUCGAGGAGAACAGCUCUGAUGGUGUCAUCACCAUCGUGCUCCGCGAUGGCAGUGGCGUAAAACAGACGCCACGGAUCCCGAUUGCCGCGAGCCAGCCCACACAGGAAGUGACGUCGCCCGUCUCCCCGCACCCGGCCGCUGGCGAUUCCAGCAGCGCCGCCCAGAUCGCCGGUCCCGUAGAAGUACUGCACGAAGAGGCGGACGACGAUCUGGUUACCGAAGAAAUCAUUCUGCGUGUUCCUCGCAUCCAGCAUAACGCCUUAAAGGGUUUCAACGAGAACCGCCUGCCGUGGACAUUAAAUCCGACCGGGGUCACGGUGCAUCUGUCUGAUGCUGACAGUGAUGAAGUCCGCUUGCGGGGCAACCCCUCCAGAUUUGUAGAGGCGCUUCAGUUGCUCCUGCUGGGUCAGGUAGCAGACACUACGAAAGUUGAGGUGGAGCUGAAAUCUCCUGGCCGAAUUAAGCAUAUGAUACCCGGCGAGCUGAAAUCGGUGAUGGAGUCCGUGUGCCGUGAUGUGAAAGUGACAUUUCUGCCGGAGAAAGACCUCAUCAUGGUCGCGGGUUGGCCUGUGUUUGACGUGAUCUUCGUCCGGCAAAUAUUUGAAGACGAGGCCCGGGGGCUAAGCGCAAGAUGUGGUCAAGUUGCGCCGGUGAAAGAUCUGUCGGCCAGCCUCAUGCCCGAUGCUGGGAAGGCCCUGCCGCUGCUGGAGAAGAUCGCCCCCGACCGCGAAUCGUCCAGCUACACGGCCGAGAUCCCCGCCAAGCAUGUCCUGACCGCCGCCGACUGCCUGGAUGACUGUGAGGGCGAUAUGCAGCCACUAACCGCACCCGCCGUAGCGGCUGUCCCGUCCGCACAGAACCCUGCGUUCUCCUCCUAA